CAAGUUUGAUUAGGAAAAACAUGUAUGAUGGAAGCAUAUAUGUAUGUUAUCAUCCACGGUCUGCCUGAACAGUAUAGUUGGCCUCCAUUCUUCACGGGUAUUCAAAUCUCUGAACUAUUCCAUCAAAUGUAAAUAUUGUAGAUGUUGUUAUGCAAUAUGCACACUUUUGCAAAAUUCUGCCUUAAAUGUCUUUGGAAUCUUUGGGGUCUUUAUCAGAAUAUAAAAGGUGUGAUGCAACGUUUAGCUGCUCAACAUGAGUUUGUAGUAACUAGUUGUAAUGCUGCUUAAUGAACCAUUCAAGCUAAAGAUUCAGUCACUGGGUUAAUUCACCAACGAUGCAUUAUCAAAAAAGUCAGCCUACUCUGCUAAUGUUUUGUUGCGGUUUCUGCACUGAAAGUUGAGUGUCUGUCAGACAACUGAUACUAAAAGAAGAUUGGGCUGGGCGGAGGGCUGGAGAGAUUGGAGGAAAUGAUGGAAUCAAGGGGCUUGGCUUGUUGUUAAUCAUUGAGUUCUGCACAGUGGUACAAAACAAGACAAGAUCAGGAGGAGAAAACAGACUGUAUGUCAGUAGUUGCACUCUUAUAUCACUACCAAACCAACUGGAUACUUUUAAUGGUGGUUUGUGUUGCACAUCAAGAUGUUUGUCGUUCAUAUCGUUGCCUCGUUCUUCUCCAAACUCCAAGAGGAUCCCACAAAGAAGGUGGACAGGUUUCUGUACGCCAUGCAUCUCCAUGACGACCAGCUAAGUGACAUCUCAGCCCGUUUCCAGGCUGAGAUGAAGAAGGGCCUUUCAGUGGAGAGCAACGCCGCAGCAGCGUUAAAGAUGCUGCCAACACACGUCCGCUCCACCCCCGAUGGAUCAGAAAAAGGGGAGUUUCUGGCGUUGGAUCUCGGAGGCUCCAGGUUUAAGGUGCUCCAAGUUAAAGUGGGAGAGGCCACGGGUAUUAAGAAGGGAGGAGUGGAGAUGGUGGAGAAGACCUACCCCACACCUGAGGAGCUGCACCUCGGGAGAGCAACAGAGCUAUUUGACCAUGUUUCCGAGUCUCUAAAAGACUUUCUACAUGAGAAGAACAUCAGUUUGGAGAGGAAACAUCCCCUAGCCUUUACUUUCUCUUUCCCCUGUGAACAAUCCACCUUAAAUCAGGGAUUAUUGUUAAACUGGACUAAGAACUUCCGGGCUGGAGGCCUUCAGGGUAAAGAUGUGGUCCAGGCCCUCAGAGGGGCAUUAGACAGAAUUGGGGGUGUGGACGUAGAGGUAUUGGCCAUGGUUAAUGACACCGUCGCAACUAUGAUGACCUGCGGUUUUGAUGACCAGCAGUGUGAAGUCGGUCUCAUUAUUGGUACUGGCACCAAUGCGUGCUACAUGGAGGAGCUACGUCACAUUGACUUGGUGGAGGGGGACGAGGGCCGCAUGUGUGUGAACACGGAGUGGGGAGCCUUUGGAGACGACGGAGCUCUGAAGGAUUACGUCACAGAGUUUGACAGGGAUUUGGACGCAGCCUCCAACAACCCAGGAAAACAAAUCCUGGAGAAGAUGGUCGGUGGGAUGUAUCUGGGCGAGCUAGUAAGGCUGGUUGUAUUAAAGAUGGCGAAGCUCGGGCUGCUGUUUAAGGGACAGGUGUCUAAGGCCUUGAGGACUAAAGGGACAAUAACCACUGAACAUGUAGCGGCCAUGGAGGAGUACAAAAAUGGUCUGAACAACACCAGAGACCUUCUCAUGGGUCUCGAUUUGAUCCCGACGUUUGAUGACUGCGUUGCUGUUCAACACGUCAGCACCAUAGUGUCCUUCAGGUCCUCGAAUCUGGUGUCAGCAGGACUGGCUGCCAUCUUGACCCGAAUUAUGGAAAACCGCAAUUUGAGGAAAUUAAGGAUCACUGUAGGUGUGGAUGGAACUGUGUACAAGAUGCAUCCACAGUAUCCUAAACGUCUCCAUAAAGUAGUGCGGCGGCUGCUCCCCGAGUGCCACGUCAGGUUUGUCCUCUCCGACAGCGGAAGCAGCAAAGGAGCGGCGUUGGUCUCGGCCGUGGCCCAGCGGCUGGCUUCACGAAGGCGACAGGUGGACGGGAUGCUGUCACCUUUCAGACUGAGCCAGGAGCAGCUCCGGUUGGUGAAGACCCGGAUGAGGACGGCGCUUGAAGCAGGACUGAAGAGCAAAGGCUCCUCUGCUGUCAAGAUGCUGCCUUCUUUUGUUUACCGUACACCUGAUGGCACAGAGCACGGAAAGUACCUGGCGUUGCAUCUGGGAGAAACAAACUUCCGAGCAUCGCUUGUGAAGUUCAAACAAGGUCUGCAACAUAACUCUCGACUCUACAACAAGAUGUACACCAUACCCCUGGAGAUAAAGCAGGGGAGUGGAGAGGAGUUGUUUGAUUACAUAGCUCAGUGUGUAGGAGACUUCCUGGACUACAUGGGCAUGAAGAAGGCUCGUCUUCCUGCGGGCUUCACCUUCUCUUUCCCCUGCGAGCACACAGCUGUUGACAAGUGCACAUUGGUGAGCUGGAACAAAGGUUUUAAAGCCACAGACUGUGAAGGACGCGAUGUUGUCAGCAUGCUGAGGGAAGCCAUCAAGAGACGCAACGAGUUUGACUUGGACGUGGCUGCAGUAGUCAACGACACAGUGGCGACUAUGAUGAGCUGUGCCUAUGAGGACCCUCGAUGUGAGAUUGGACUGAUCGUUGGAACUGGCUGUAAUGUCUGUUACAUGGAGGAGUUGAAGAACAUCGAGAAGAAUGAACGAAAGACAGGAGAAAGAGGAAAGGGGACGCCUGAAGGAGAGGAGGAAGAGCAGGAUGAUGGGAGGGGAAGCGAGAGGGCGGAGGGCCGUGCUGGCAUACUGAAGAUGUGCAUAAACACAGAGUGGGGAGGUCUGGGGGACGACGGCUCUCUAGAUGACAUCAUCACACCUCACGACAUCGAGGUGGACCAACACUCCCUGAACCCUGCGAAACAACGGUUUGAAAAGCUGACAAGUGGGAUGUAAUUUAGGAGAAGUUGUUCGCUAGGUGUUGUUGAGAUUUUAAC